CGCGGGUGGUGGGAACGCACUGGCCAGCCUCUCCCGCCCCCAGCUCUGAGCCCAGCGCCCAGCCAUGGCGUGCCCCUUGGAUCAGGCCAUCGGCCUCCUUGUGGCCAUCUUCCACAAGUACUCGGGCAGGGAAGGCGACAGGCACACCCUGAGCAAGAAGGAGCUGAAGGAGCUGAUCCAGAAAGAGCUCACCAUUGGCUCGAAGCUGCAGGACGCUGAAAUUGCAAAGCUGAUGGACGACCUUGACCGGAACAAGGACCAGGAGGUGAACUUCCAGGAAUAUGUCACCUUCCUGGGGGCCUUGGCUUUGAUCUACAAUGAUGCCCUCAAAGGCUGAAAAUAAAUCAGGAAGGUGGAGACACCCUCUACCCCUUGUCUAAGUCAAAUCCAUGGAGGGCAAUUGUUCAAUAAACAUCAUCUUUGGCCAAGUCGGCCUCUAA